CUGCACUGAUUGGUUAUAUCUAGUCUUAAGACCAACAUCACAUGACAUGAGAUAGUGAGGCAUUGUUUAAAGCAUUGCUUUGCUCUGAUCUGUCCACUCUUUGCAUCCACCCGAUCCAGCAAACACCAUGUCAAAAUUGUUCUUCUUAGUAGCUGUUGGCCUUAUGGCCUAUGCUGCUGCAUAUACUGAAUUAACAGAUGAAUUAGAUGAAUUAUACCCAGGCGGACUUCCGGAUGACAUGGCUUUUGCACAAGGAUUUGCAGGCAUAUUUGAAGAAAGUGCCGACGACGCCUCAGAAGAAGGAGAAGAAGCAAAGAAGGGACCACUCGCAGAACUAUUUGGUGGCAUCCUUGGAGGUGAUGGCAAAGGCCCUUUUGCCGAGGCUUCACUUUUACGACUGAUGAUGUUGAGACGUAUUUUGGGCGGACAACAAUCGCAACAAGGCUUCGGUCCUCUCAGCGGUCUUAAUCGUCCUUCUGGAAGCUUUGCCCGUCAAUUGAUAAUGCUGCGUUUAAUGGGAAAGAAAUUCGGAACCAAGCUUGUUGAUGAAACGUUUAAGAGAAAGGAACAAGAAAGGGUGUACUCUUUCGCUGCAUCCCUUGGCUGUGAUGACUGCGUACAUGAAUACACUGACGAUGAAAACAACAUGAAGGGAUUUAGCCUCGAUGUCGUCAAAGCAGUAUGCGAGGAGGCUGGCAAGAAAUGUAUUACUAUGUAUGACGCUCAUUCCAAUUGUUAUACCCACGUGCAAGGAGAACAUUCAAGAGCCGGAGUUGGUUUGAUGAACAAAUAUUAUGAUGGGUGUUUGACAUGGUUGCGAACAGCUGAACGUCUCCAUUCUGUGAAAUUCACUGAGCCUUAUGCCCAAGCCAAGACUACCUCCCAUCUCUACGUCAAAAAAGGCGGUGAAUUCCCUGCAUCAGAAGCAGUUGGAAAGAAAAUUGGUUUCUUGGAUGGAUGGGUCAGUGAUGAAAAUUGCUUGCUUCAGAUGAAACCCGAGGAUGUUGAAUUGCCAGACAGAAUGCGACCAGAGAACGCUGUAUAUUUGAAGAACAGGAAAGAACUGUUUGAACAACUCGAAUCAGACAAGCUGGAUGCCGUUUUCCUGUUGGACAUCAGUGCUGCUGAAGCAUUGAAACGAGGAUUUGUACAAAUGGGAGAAGGUACCGUGUGUGGAAUGGGUGGUACCAUUCACAUCAUGUCCCGUAAAGACAGUACAAUGCCACAAUGGUUUGAUUCAACUCUCAAAUCAAUGAAGGAGUCUGGUAAAUACUAUGCAUUGUGUGCAAAGGCUCGCCAGGAACACGCUGCCCGUGGUGAAGUGGAAUGCACAUAAACGGACAAAAGACUUUUCUUCAGUAACAUCUUUUCGGAAAUUUGGUUUUAAUAGAAGAUGAUUAAUUUAAAUAACACAAGUAAUCUUGUUUGUAUUUGAUUCCAAUAUUAAAGAUGUUCUUUAAUACUA